AUGGAGCUUAUGAGACUACUGGAAAAAUAUUCUGAAAACAGAGAGGUCGCCAAAAUCAUUCAAGAAAUAAAAUCUGAAAAGAUUGAACUCAGCGCCUCUUCGAUCCAAGAAAUUACCACUGCAAUUGCUGAGAUGUCCAAAGUUUCACAAACAGAAAGCAUCAGUCAAGCUGCAGCCUCAUCUAUCCGGGAGGUUCUGACAAAAUCCGUGAAAGAGACUAUUGAGGAGACGCUUUAUACCAUAGUCAAGUCCAUAGAAACAACAUCCACAACCCAGCUUGCUAAAACCUUGGCUGCUUCGUCAAGUGUAGAAGCACGUCUUCGUGCUGCUGAACAAGAGGAAGCCUCCAUAGCCCUGGAACUCGUUCGGAAUCUUCUAGAAGACCGCUCAACAACCCUAAAAGAGGAGCAUCGUGCUUACAUUCAAGAGAGAUUUGGUAUCAAUGUCGGUACGCUUAUGUCCACAUUUGAAAAGAUUUCUAGCGCAGAAACAGUCACACAAGAAUUUAGCGAAAUAGAAACUCGUACAGAAAGAAAAACUGUGCAUGAAUACGGUCAGGAGUCUGUCGCGGUUCAGGGAGACCUACAAAUUCUCCAAAGACCCAAGGAGCAAGAAGACGCGGCCGAAUCUGUGCGCAAAACGCGCCAUUAUCUGCACCUUCUUCAUAGCGUAGCUGCAACCUCAGAGGAACAAGCAAAACUCGUACAGUUACUGAGCAAAUAUCAAAGUGAUGAGCAUGUGGCAAGUGUUAUACGAGAACUGACAUCUGGACGAGUUGUCUGGAGUGGCUUAGCCGUUCGCACUAUCACAUCAAUCCUAGAAAAAGAAAUAGCCAGACAUGAGGAAACAUCUGAAAUCAGCAGGGUUGUGUCAGACACCUUGAGGACGGCAAUCUCGCAAGUUGUGCGGGAAGUCGUGGACGAGAAUGCUUUUGCGAUGAUUCGCACUUCGGAGGAAAUGCCAGCCACUGAGGUGGUAAAGGCACUAUCUUCUCAUGAAACCGUAGCAGUUCAUGUUGAAGCUCCAGAAGAGACAGCUAGCUCUACCACAAUUGAUCUU